GCGGCUGCGGCCGCCGCCGCCGCCUCCAUGGGGAUGGAAUCCUCGGAACUGGUGGCGGUGGCGCACUACCAGGCGCAACAGCUUCAGCGACAAUUGUUGGCCGAGCAGUCGGGUCCAGCAGGCACGAUGCUGCCGCCGGCUGCUCAGCCUACUGGUGGAGGCUUGACGCAGCCGCUUCAGCAAGGCCAGCAGACCUCACAAUCUCAGGGCCAGGACCCGCUGCAGAGCUUGAUGCAGCAGCUGAUCUGCCUGCAGCAGAUCGAGUACUUUCUCGCUCAGCGUGGUCACAAGUGAUGAAUCGUCUGUGUCGAUUAACCGGGCGGGGGGAGGCCGCGGGUCGCUGGUAGAGCGACCCCGGAGUAAGACUCAGAGAGACACGACGCUUGGAAGAGAUUGGUGCGCGUCCGGUGGGUGUCGGAGCGGUUCGGUCGACGGAGGUAACCCGCGCCGCGACCGAUUCCGUCGACCGCGAGGGUCGAGGAUGGACGCACUGUUCCCGUUCGAGGGUAGUCUCGUUUUUUAAAUCCCUGGACACGAGGGAGAGAGGGGCGCGCCGGUGUCCACGAGUUCGUCUCGAUUCGAAGAGGACGGAGGACGCUCCGGAAGCGGACGAAAACUCUCACCCUUGGGACACCGUGGCGAGGACCGCGACACGGCCUCGAGUCGGAGGCCCGAGCUUUUAAGCUCGUGUGAUAAAAAAAAAAAAAAAAAAACAUAAUAUGUCAAAAGAAAGGAUAACAAGGGACAAAAGUAUAAUUAAAAUAAAAGAGGGAGAUCGACUGGGCGGUGAAACGCUUCUUUUGGGGACGGGGGGGAAAAACGAAUCGAGGUUGAAACGAAUACAGUAAAGAACGCCACGCGCUGCGGCAUAGACGAUCACUCGCUCUGGUGCCGGAGCUGUGAAUGAAUCUCUAUCCGUCAACAGUAUUGAUAUAAUUAAUAGAAUAAA